UCCUAAUCACGUUGGGGUCAAUUAUUGACCACCAAUAACACACAUGAUACUCCUUUCUCACAAAGCACUUAUUCGCAAGCGCCUAUCCGUCCAACAACCAUGAGCGAUUCUCUGGUAUGCGUGAAAGAUUUCGAAAAACAUGCGUUUUCGGUACUACCCAGAAACGCGCUCGAUUAUUACAGAAGCGGGGCCGGGGCGGAGGAAACUCUGGUCCACAACCGACGAGCAUUCUCCAAAUUCAAAAUUCGACCGCGAUGUCUAAGAAACGUGUCCAGAAGAGAUCUGUCAACUAUGGUUUUGGGCCAGAGAGUCGAAAUUCCAGUUGGGAUUUCGCCAACGGCGAUGCAAAGGAUGGCUCAUCCAGAGGGAGAAUGUGCCAAUGCUCGAGCUGCUCAGGCAAUGGGCACUAUAUACACGCUCAGUACUAUAGCGACUAGCAGCAUCGAGGAGGUGGCUGAAGCUGCGCCCUAUGGCAUCAAGUGGUUCCAGCUGUAUAUCUACAAAGACAGAGAAGUAACUAAAAGACUAGUGGAACGCGCAGAAAAAGCCGGCUUCAAAGCCCUAGUCCUCACAGUGGACACCCCCAUGUUCGGCCUUCGCUUAGCCGACAUCCGCAACAAAUUCGUGCUUCCACCCCACCUCAAAUUCGCAAACUUCAUGGGAGACAAAGCCACGGGAAUCAACACCACGGACACAGGGUCAGGUCUCAACAACUACGUCAACCGGCUUUUCGACCAAAGCUUGGAGUGGAAAGACGUGAAGUGGCUCCAAAGCUUCACCAAGCUCCCUAUUGUUGUUAAAGGCGUGCUUACUGCAGAGGAUGCUUUAAUCGCUGCUGAUUUAGGGGUGGCGGCCAUUUUGGUGUCGAAUCAUGGCGCUAGACAAGUGGAUGGUACUCCAGCUUCUAUUGAAGCGCUACCGGAGAUUGUGAAAGCUGUGGGUGAUAGGGUUGAAAUUUACUUGGAUGGAGGGAUCACCGAUGGUACCGACGUGUAUAAAGCUUUGGCGUUGGGGGCUAAAAUGGUGUUUAUUGGACGACCGGCGUUGUGGGGGUUGGCGCACAGUGGAGAAGAAGGGGUUAAGAAGAUACUGACGAUACUUAAAACUGAGUUGGAUUACGCUUUGGCCAUCACUGGAUGUGCUACGAUAAAAGAUAUAAGUAAAGAAAUGGUGGUACCGCAAGAGUACUACAGUAAAUUGUAGUGUGAAGUCUUUGUAGAUAAAGCUUUAGUACUUUCUGAAUAAAUACUCAAUUCU